UGACUUUGGUUUCUGCUCUAUAUUCCAACAAAAUAGUUUAACUAAAGUUAUUUUAAUCUCGAAAUAAAGAUUAUUUAUUUAAUAAUUUGAAAUUUUACUAAUAAAUAAUAUGGAAAGUGUUUUGCCAAUUUGUCGGGUCUGUUUAAAUGCCACCAACGAAUGUAUUGACUUCCAAGCACCCUUCGAAUUGGUGGAAAAUAAUCCACAAGAAAAUGAAUCUGUGACGCCAAUAAAUUAUUUAGAAUGUUUGCGUUUAUGUACAAAUUUACCCAUCGAGGAGUUUGAUGAUGGGCCACAAUGUCUGUGUACCGGGUGUGCUACAGAAUUAGAAAUUGUUUAUAAAUUUCUACAGAAAGCACAAAGUUCUCAAUCAAUAUUAGAGGAAAGCUGGCAGAAUGAUGGUCAAAAUAAUGAAACUAUGGAAUUGACAGAAAUUUAUAUUGAAAAGUUCGAGGAGGAAGCAGCAGUCGGGACAACGAAUGAUAACGAUGAAAUAUUAAAUCAAUCAGAAGCCGAUGAAUAUUUUAAUAUGAGUGACUAUCAUAUUUUGACUCAUAUGGAGGAGGAAUUUGAAAUAAGUGAAAUCGAACCGAAAGAAACUCCACGAGACCAAUAUUCACAUAUAAAUUCUAAUUCUUUACGGGAUAAAACAAAGACAAACAAUUCUAAAUAUCACAAAUGUCACAUUUGCGGUCGUACGUAUAAAACCGUCCAUCACCUCAAAGUUCAUCUUAACUAUCAUAAACGCCGGAAUGUACAAGGGCAAGGUCAUACCUGUAGAAUUUGUGGCGAAGAGUUUCGUUUAGAAAGUUUACUGACAGAACAUAUGAUUGAUCACAAAAACAGUCGUCAGAUACAUAAAUGUGAACACUGCGAUAAGGAAUUUAUCAGCAAAACAGCUUUAAUAAGUCAUAAACGUAUACAUCAAGGAGAACCAUUAAAUUGUAACGAAUGUGGAAAACAAUUCAGUGGCACCUACGAGUUAAAAGUGCACCUAAGAUUUCAUAAACGUGAAAAACAAGAAAAGCUACCAGGAAAACAAUGCAAAAUAUGCCUCAAAGAAUUUGCAACACAACGUUAUCUGAACCAACAUAUGAACGUGCACCUCGAUAAAAGGGCAACACACAAAUGUAAUUAUUGUGAUAAGGAAUACGUUACCCAAACGGCACUUAACAAUCACAAACGUUUACACGAGGGACAGACAUUAGAGUGCAUGGAAUGCGGUAAACAAUUUACACGUAAUUACGAAUUGGAAAUACACAUGAGAUUUCACAAACGUGAAUAUCCCUUCGAGUGUUCUAUGUGUGAAAAGAAAUUUACCAUUAAGGGACACUUGAAAACACACAUGUUGCAACAUCAGAACAUUAAAUUAGAAUGUGAGGAGUGUGGUAAAUUAUUUGGCUCUACAAAAGCACUAAAUGAACAUUCCUAUACACAUACAGAAAUGCCUUACCCUUGUGAAUUUUGCAACAAAGCCUAUCCAUCAAAACAAAAAUAUAAAUUACAUUUGGAAAAAGUACACUCCAUUGAAAGCCAAGAUCUAGAUUUAUCACAGCUUCAGAGUUUAACAAAUAAGACGAAUUUAAAAAAACGUAAAAAUUUCACAUAUGUUCAAGUUAUAGAGGAACAAGAAGACAAUGAAUACAGUCAAAUAGAUCAACCCUUAAAUAAAUAACUUUAACAAUAAUUUUUAUACCCUACACCACUUUAGUGGGGAGGGUAUAUUGGAUUUGUGCUGAUGUUUGUAACAUACAAAAAUAUUCGUCCCAGACCCACCUUAAAGUAUACCA